AAUCGAUGACGUCAUUUCUCCUCGCAGUAUCACAUCACCACACCCAAGCUCAGCAAGCAAUCCUCAAUGUUCGAUAUCCACACAAACAUCUCCAUCGCCAAAUUCCAGUCAUCGCAGUAACGGCUAAAGACCCUAAUUCAAGCUCUGCUUACUCUUUUCCCACCGUACAAGUAAAUUGCAAGCGCAAGUCAUAAGAUAAUGCCCUCAGACCUCAAGGACAAAAACGGCGAGCCCAUCCAUGUGGGUGACCACGUAUUUGCUCGCUCCCGCGGUGGAAGACAUGAAGGUGAAGUAGAAAAGAUUGUCACGAGCAAGGAGGAGGCAGCAAAGGAAGGGGUGAAGCAUCCGCCCAAGGCGCUUUUCACUGACCAGCAUGGUCAUCAUGUGGAGCAUAACCCGGAAGCGUUGCAGCAUGGGGAAUAUGCUCCUGGAAAGUAG